GCGGCGGCGGCGCUGACAGCCCGCCCGGAGCCCCGGGGGCGGCCGCGGCCACCAUGUCGUCCCCCAGCCCGGGCAAGAGGCGGAUGGACACCGACGUGGUCAAGCUGAUCGAGAGCAAACACGAAGUCACAAUCUUAGGAGGACUCAACGAAUUUGUUGUGAAGUUUUAUGGACCACAAGGAACACCCUAUGAAGGCGGAGUAUGGAAAGUUAGAGUCGACCUUCCUGACAAAUACCCCUUCAAGUCCCCAUCUAUAGGAUUCAUGAAUAAAAUCUUCCAUCCCAACAUUGACGAAGCGUCAGGAACUGUAUGUCUAGAUGUAAUCAAUCAAACUUGGACAGCUCUCUACGAUCUCACCAACAUUUUUGAGUCGUUCCUGCCCCAGCUGCUGGCCUAUCCCAACCCCAUCGAUCCUCUCAAUGGGGACGCUGCAGCCAUGUACCUCCACCGACCAGAAGAGUACAAACAGAAAAUUAAAGAAUACAUCCAGAAAUAUGCAACAGAAGAAGCACUAAAAGAGCAGGAAGAAGGCACCGGGGACAGCUCGUCCGAGAGCUCCAUGUCUGACUUCUCUGAAGACGAGGCUCAGGACAUGGAGUUGUAGUAGAGGAGGCGC